CUUGCAGGCAGCAAACGUGUUUUCCCAAAGGAUUUAACAUCCUGUGAAACCCAGGAGGCAGCGAGUUUAGACCACAUCUAUAAACCAGUCGACAGGUCGCCCUUUUGAAAAUCAACUCCUGCCAAAAUGUGGAAAAGAGGGAAGAACACAGGUUCAGCUCCCACCAGACAAAUUGGUCUCAGGAGAAGAUCUAAGACCCCUGGGGUGAUGAUCACACAGUAUGUAGUAAAUCUGCCGGAGGGAAAAACCACCCCAGAUUUCAAGUCUAAACCAGCUCCAAUAACCAUCAAUGAAGGAAAAUUAGCCGUUUUCAAGGCCCUGGUGACAGGAGACCCGAAACCAGAGGUGUCAUGGAGACGAGCGAAGGGACUCAUUUUAGACAAGGAAAAAUUUCAGAGUAAAUACGAUAAAUCAACUGGGGAGUACAUAUUAGAGAUUCACAAAGUGUCGGGUGCAGAGACUGAUACGUACAAAUGCCACGCUGUGAACGAAUAUGGAAAAGCUGUCUGCACGACAACAUUGACUGUAAUUGAGGCUUCGACAAAUCCGGCAGAUUUCAGAAAACUGCUGAAAAAGAGCAAAGUAGAGAGAGCAGAUGGAGAAAGUGACGAAAAGUUCUGGGAUGCAAUGCUGAAUGCUGACAGGAAAGACUACGAGCGCAUCUGUUCUGAGUUCGGUGUUACAGACUUGCAUUUGAUUCUCAAGAAACUUGAAGAGAAGAAGAAGGAGAGAGCACAAAAUAAGUGUAAGGAUGGUGUAAUUCCCUAUGAUGAAGAUGAAAUACAGACACACGAUCUUAGGAGUGUUGGGAGGACAAAGGAUUUCGGAAUUAAAGGCCUGAUACAAGAUGACACAGACUUCUAUCAGGGGGAUGUUGAAGAGAUCAACCGCCGCAAUGCAGAGCUGAAUCAAGUGGAUGCUGAAGAAUUCAACAUCUUCUCUGCAGAGUUUAAGCUUUCCAGUGUGGACUUUGUUAUUAAAAUUCAGGAGACUAAAGUCAAAGAAGGAGAGGAUGCCCUGUUUGAGUGUGUACUGACACACCCACUACCUAAGAUUACAUGGAAGGGAAAAGGUAGUACCCUGGAGGAUGGUGAAAAAUACAGUACAACCGUGUCAGACCACAAGUUAGUUCACAGGCUGCUGAUUAAGGACUGCCAGCAGUUGGACAAAGGCAUCUAUUCAGCCGUGGCUGGAAUUACAUCCUGCAGCGCCUGGCUGGUUGUGGAAGCUGAGAGUAACCUUGCUGGAGGUAAGAAGAUAGCUCGUAAAACUACCUUGGCAGGUGGAUCGCGGAUUGACCUUGACAAAGUGGCCAAAGAGCAGCAAAUAAAAUAUCGACAGGAGAUGGAGAAGAUUUUAGCAUCUGUUAAAGCAAAACAUGAAGGAGGACAACCGAAAGAAAAAAUGACAAUAACCACUGGUGGAGGAGACAGUAAAAUAUCUGAAAUCACUGAACCGGAUAAAAAUGCUGGAGCAAUAAAAGACAAGGCUGACGCUGCAAAAGCCAGUGCUCAGCCAGUGGGGAGAAAAGGGAAAACAAAAAGCAAAAACGCAAAAGGAGAUGGCACAGUAUCCAAAUUAGACAUUUCAGGGUGUGUAACAAAAGCAGAUGUGCAACUGAGGGUACAUGACCCCAAGAACGAGAAACACACCAAAUCUGGUCGAGCGGAUUUUGACAAGGUAACAGACGCAAAUGAAGAUUCUGAGGGUAAUGAAGACCUCCCUGGACAUGCCGUUCAUUCAAGGCGCGUAACGCAAGGUCAAAAGUCAGAAAAUGGAGUAACUGAUUCCAGUGAAGAAUAUGAUGAUGUGGAUGAGCCUGAAAUGUCUACUGUUGGCCAACAUGGAGUGGCUAAAUCCAAUGGAGAUAAAAGCUCCUCUGGGUCUGUUACACGCCAGAAGAAAACAAAGAAAGUCCAUUGGAAAGAACAAACAUCUGAUCCAAAUGAACUAGAAAAUGACAAUGAACCAAGUGAAAGUGACGUGGAUGAGGGCUCUACUGGACAGAUCAAGAAUCUAAAAUGUUCAAAAAAAGGCCAGAAGUCAAAAAAUGCAGUCAGUGGCGAGAGUACAUGUCCUAAAGACGACAGCACGUGUGACGAGACUGAAGAUAUCGCUGACCCUUCAAAACGUACAAAACGUAAAAGACAAGGACCACUGAUAGAAGAUUUGGUGACUGAUCCGGGUGUACAUUUCAUCUGGGGUUUGUCUGAUGUCAAUGCCGUCAUCAAUGAGACAGCUGAGUUAACAUGCAAGCUCAGCAGUGAAGACUGUGAAGGAGUCUGGUUCAGAGACAACAAAAAGAUAUUCCCAGAUGACAAUUUCUCAAUCACUAAAGAUGGUCCGAUCCAUAAAUUAGUCAUAAUCAAGUGCAAAGACGAACAUUCUGGGAAAUACCGCUUUGAGGCCGAUGGUCGUAAAACAGAGGCGAUGAUCAACGUCAAAGAUCCCCCCAGAUUUCACCCUGAAGCCCUCAAUGAUUUCACUGAGCCUGUGAUAAUAAAAGUGGGGCACAACGCCAUCUUCAAACUGCAUUUUGUCGGCUACAAACCCAUAAAAAUCAAGUGGUACAGAGAAGGAGAGGAACUCCACGAUGAUACCAAUACAAAGAUAGAGAAAUCUGAGAGUCACAGCCGCUUGCUGCUGAGCAGGUGUCAGAGGAAGGACACAGGAGAGAUCAAGAUUAAGCUCAAGAACGAACAUGGCUUCACUGAGGCAGUCUCUCAGCUGAUUGUGCUCGACAAACCGACCUCCCCCUUGGGUCCUGCAGAGGCGACUGAGAGCUCAGCUGCGUGUAUUGAGUUCAGGUGGCGGCCUCCAAAGGAUGACGGUGGCUCACCAGUCAUCAACUACAUCAUGGAGCGACAGCAGGUGGGACGAAACACCUGCAAGAAAAUAGGGGAAAUCCCAGGCGUGCCCUGCUACCGAGACACAGACGUGGACCGUGGACGGAAAUAUUGUUACCGCAUCCGGGCACUGACUGCAGAGGGCAUGAGUGAAGUGAUGGAGACGGACGAAAUGCAGGCUGGUACACUUGCUUUUCCAGGCCCUCCAGCACCUCCGAAGGUGGUCGGUGCCUUCAGUGACUGCAUAAACCUUUCAUGGGCUUCACCGAGCAACACAGGUGGUUCACGUAUCCUGGGCUAUAUUUUGGAGAAACGUAAGAAGGGAAGUAACCUCUGGACUGUUGUCAAUGCCAUGGAUGAGCUAAUAAAAGAAAAGAAAUAUGCAGUGAAGGAUGUUGUGGCAGGUAUGGAAUAUGAGUUCAGAGUUACAGCCAUAAACCUCUCAGGACCUGGUGAAUCUAGCAACCCUUCAGAGUUUGUUUUCGCACGCGAUCCAAAGAAGCCUCCUGGUAAAGUUACAGGCCUGAAGGUGACAGAAACUUCUUACACCCACUUUGUCUUGAAUUGGACCAAGCCUGAGGAGAAACUGGGGAUACAGGACGAAGCAAGAGGGUACUUUGUUGAAAUUCGGCAAGCGGACUGCAUGGAGUGGUCCCGCUGUAACAGCACCCCCAUCAUCAUGACUUCAUUCAGUGUGAAAGGCCUCAAGUCCAUGGACAUGUACUGGGUGAGAGUUAUUGCGACUAAUGAUGGAGGGGAGAGUGUCCCAGAGGAGCUGUCCAACUAUGUCCUGGCAAUGCCCUCGCCUGUGAGGCCAAAGUUCACCAGCAAUAAGAUGAAGACUUUCGUGGUGGUGAGGGCUGGAAACUCUGUCAGAAUCACAGUAAACUUUGAGGCCUCUCCACGGCCAGAGGUCAUGUGGCUGAAGGACAACGUGCCCGUGACAAAGCGGGUCACAAUCAGCAACUCCGAUGGCUCCUCCCAGCUGCUGAUCCCAACCUCGGAGCGCUCUGAUUCAGGCAUCUACUCCAUUUUGGUGAAAAAUCUUGUAGGACAGGAGACAUUCAGCACAGAGGUCAGGGUUACAGAUGAUCCAAAGCCUCCUGGACCCGUAGAACUGGAGGAGAACGUGCCGGGAACUGUGACGGUAACCUGGGAACCUUCUCCUGAUGAGAAGCGUGAUGACCGUCUCCACUACACGGUGUCCAAACUAGACUCUACUAAGCGCACGUGGGCCACAGUGGCUGACAGACUCUUUAAUAACAAGUUCACAGUUUGCAACAUCAUGCAUGGGAGGGAAUAUCAUUUCAGAGUCUACGCCAAAAAUGACAUGGGCAUAUCUGCACCCUCGGAGUCACCAACCUGGGGGACGGAAAAGAAGAAAGCAAAGUUUGUGAUAAAUGUACCAAGCAGAAGGGACUGUGAUUUGCGAUGUGCUCCUACCUUCAUUGUACCGCUGAAGCUCCACACGGCACCCAAAGGUUACGAGUGCUACAUGAGCUGUGCGGUGAAGGGAAACCCCGCGCCCCGUAUCACGUGGUACCGAAAUCACAUCAGCCUUAACACAAAUACCAACUAUUACAUCUCCAACACCUGCGGCGUUUGUUCCAUGUUGAUCCUUCGUGUGGGUCCCAAAGACAUGGGGGAGUACACUAUCACUGCAGAGAACAGCUUAGGACGGGCCGAAUGCACCACCGUUCUCAGUGUCCGAGAGUGAAGAAACAGAGAGCACCUCCGUGUUGUACGAGCAACAUUUAAUUGAAAGAUGAGCAAUCUAAUAAAGGGUGAAUGAAGCCACUGCUUGGAAAUCAAACGCUUGCUGCACUGUGCUGUUAAAAUAAAACGAUUUCACUAUUAAAACCCUGCAUCCCUGUAUGUUUUGAAAUUCAUUCCACUGUGCGAUUGUUGUCGGGAAAUCAAAGCAUCAAAAUAAUGGUUUGGUUAAAUGUUUUGCUCGUUAGUUGUUAAUACAGUACAGUGGUACAGCAGCUUAUUUUUUAGGGAUUCCUCGGCCUCUGAUUUGCUGCCAGUCUCUGCUCUUCCUUGACCUCUUUCCCUGUCUUGGUGAGCUGGUGCCUAAUCAGCAGGAAGUAUGAUCAGAGGCUGGCUCACCUGCCACAAAUGACCACACCCAUGUUCAGACUUCACUCUCUGCCAGAUCGUUCGAAUUUCGUCUUGAGCAUCAACUGAUUUCCUGUCUCGUCCACGUAUCACUGCCUGCCAUGAAACAGUCUUCCUGUUUUUCCCGACUGCUCUUUCCAGCCCCAAUUUGUCAGCUAAAUUUACCUUGUUUUGUCAGUUCCACUUUCCUUUGUUCUCUCAGUCUCUACUUGUAAUUUCCAUUUUGUUACUCCUUAGGCCCGUGUGUUUUGCUAAAUGUUGCCCCUAGCUUUUCACCUCUGCUCGCUUUUUCUGACUACUGUUUUCAAUUCCCAGUUUACUUAGACUUGAGUUUAGUUUGUACUUGCUUACUCUCCCUAGUUCACUCCCCUGGGGUAUUUGGUUAUUUGUGUUUGGAUCCCUGCACAUAGAUAUUCAUUCAGUAGUUGCACUUGUAGUCCACUUUGUAAAAUAAACACUUUCUUCACUCA